AAAGUCAAAUUAACUUGGCUAAUAUCGCUGUCACAAAGGGCCAUCUCUACAGCAUAGUGAAAUGACUUCCUUUCUGUUAAGCUGAAUAACUUAUCCCUAGCAGUAUAAAUAGUGCUUCAAACAACGCACAACCUAUAUCAUACCCCUUCCUUCCUACCUGGACAAAGAAUUAUUUGAUUUUUUUUCUCCUCAGAAUUUAUGGGGAGCGCCCUGUUGGAUGCUCUAAACGUCAGGGUAGUCGGCUCCGGCGAGGAAGUCCUGGUUCUCGCCCAUGGCUUCGGCACGGACCAGUCAGCGUGGCAUUCCAUUGUCCUGCUUUUCGCGCCGCACUAUCGCAUAGUUCUCUACGACCUUGUUUGCGCCGGUAGCGUCAAUCCCGAUUACUUCGAUUUCAGAAGGUAUACCACUCUAGAUGCCUACGUCGAUGACGUGCUCAACAUUCUGGACGCUCUAGGCGUUGACCGCUGUGCCUUCGUGGGUCACUCCGUCUCCGCCAUGAUCGGAAUUCUCGCCUCCAUCCGCCGCCCUGAGCUUUUCACCAACCUGAUCCUCAUCGGCGCUUCCCCGAGAUUUCUAAACGACAGCGAUUACCACGGAGGGUUCGAAGAAGGGGAAAUUGAGAAACUUUUCAGCGCAAUGGAAGCCAAUUACGAGGCCUGGGUGAACGGGUUCGCUCCGCUGGCGGUGGGGGCAGACGUGCCGACGGCAGUCCGGGAAUUCAGCCGGACCCUGUUCAACAUGAGGCCGGAUAUAUCGCUGUUCGUUGCGAGAACCGUUUUCAACAGCGAUCUAAGAGGGGUGCUGGGAUUUGUCAAGGUACCCUGUUGCAUAAUUCAGACGGCGAAGGAUGUCUCCGUCCCAGCCUCAGUGGCGGAGUACUUACGGACCCAUUUAGGCGGGCGGAACACGGUAGAGAUUAUGAGGACGGAGGGCCAUUUGCCGCAUUUGAGUGCGCCGGCGCUGCUGGCCCACCAUCUCCGGCGAGCACUGGCCCGGUGAUUUUCCCAGUGGCGUCGGGUGGGGGAAACGUAACAAGAGGUGGGAAAAGGGGACACCUGGCGAAUAAAUAUGUGGAGAGUAGAGUUUAGACUUUAUAUUUAGGAUUACAUAAAUCUUUUCAGGGAGAUAAGAAUGCCCACGUGAUAGUCACGUGAUGACGAAUGGUUUUUGUCCUUCGCAUUCUUCUUCCUUGUUUGCUUUGCUUUUCCCUAACUUUGAGCUUUGGAUGCACUUUGUUUGUCUUUAUUUGGGGCAGGUAAAGUGAAAUAGAAGUGAAUUGUGUUUUUAGUGUUUGUGAUUUGGGUUAUCCGAGUGAGAAUUUACAAGAUUUUGUAGUAUUGUACAAAGAAAAUUAGGUUCAUGACUCAUCUCUUUAUAGACUCUUUUUAGAGACUAUUUGAACAUAUUUUUCAUGUUUGAUUAGCCAAGAGAAAUAUAAAUUUAUUAAAAAAUG